AUGUCAGCGACAUUACUCGCCAAUGAACUUAGCAACCUCGUAUCCGAAGCCAAAAGAAAGAACACCGAUCUUCGAACGGCCGCAGAGAAGUCGCUUCAGGACCUAAAAUCACUUCCUAGCACUUCCGAACAACAACUUGCAGCCGACCUCAGCCGUCGUCCGGCCUUCAUAGAACCGUUCCUCGUCGCCUGUGGAACGCGGAAUCCCAAGUUUGCUGGACCCGGGAUCAUCUGCUUACAAAAGCUCGUGAUCGUCAGAGGACUGCCAAAGGCGCGACUGCAGGAUGCUCUGGAAGCGUUCAAUGCGUGCACGGAUCUGGGCCAGGACAUUCAAUUGAAGAUACUGCAGGCUUUACCUUCACUUCUAGCGAACUAUGGCACAGAUCUGGAGGGAGACCUUCUGAGCUCGGCGCUGCAGGUGUGUUCUUCGUUGCAGGCGGCGAAGGCUUCGACUGUCAGUGGCGUGGCGGCUGCGACACUACAGCAGUUGGUCACGACAGUGUUUGAGAAGGUCACAAGUGAGGAUGAAAAGGCCGAUUCGAACGCUGGGACCACUGAGAUUCCUGGAGACAAUGGACCGCUUCAUCUCAAGCCGGCUGCGUUCGAUGCGUACAGGUUUGUUCAGUUCACUUCACUCUCCGUUGACUCUAGCUUGGAGCUCAUCUGGUCCUGUCUGGACUCUAAUCCCGAGCUUUUUGGCGCGCACGAUGAGCUGAUGUCCAUCAUACGGGCGAACCUCUUCCCAUUGAUCAUCAGAGUACUGUCAGAGCGACUAUCGUUCCUUGUAACGCUUCGCUUGGUGCGCAUACUGCGACUCAUCUUGGACAGUUAUCUGUUCGACUUUCCCGGGGAUUGCGAGGCUGCUCUGAGCCUUUGCACGCAAUGUCUGGAGUCCGAGGUACCCGCAUGGAAGCGAGCGCUGGUCAUGGAGCUUUUGCGAGAGUUCUUUGCUGACAGCAGCCAUGUCAUCGAUGCCUACGAAGUAAUCGACAUGCGAGAAGGCGGCAAGCCGGUCGUGCAGGAUAUGAUAUCCUCAUUCGUGCGACUUUCAACAGAAAAGCCCGCAGUCAUUGGACUCGGACAACAAUCCACUGUGCCUACGGGCCCUACAGCAAACGCCGAGUCAAGCGCAGAUCAGGCCACGCUUGAAGCCACGGGCGGCAUGACGGGUGUGAUAGGCUCGGCGCUGGGUGUUCUGGAAGUCAGCAUCGCCGGCAUCAGCUCGCGAUGGAGCUUACCGAGAUCGCCGUACAUGGAGCAAUUAGACAAGACUGACGCCCCUGCUCCGCCUGAGACCUACGUCUACGCAAUGGUGUUGGAAUGCUUGAACGGUCUGUCAGACUCUUUGGCGAGGACUGUCCUACCAUUGACCGUGCAGCACGAGAAGUCGCGGAACAAAGGAUCGAACGGAUCAACCAACGGACGAGGGAGAUCGCAAUCUUUUCGUACUGGCGCCGUGCCACUGAACCCCCUCGAAGCCAAGGACGCUCCAUAUGCAGCGAGAGUGAAGGCAGUGGCAGGUAUCGUGGACUCUUGCUGGCCCGCUGUGCUGGCCACAUCAUCGACGUUUCUCAAUGCUGCACUGGACGAGCAGUACUUCCGCAACCUGAUCAAAGCAUACCAGCGAUUCGCACAGGUGGCCGGUCUUCUACGGCUAGACACACCGAGAGACGCCUUCAUGACCACGCUUGCCAAAGCUGCUGUCCCUCCUCACGUACUCAAUGCUGCCACAGCAGAAACGCUCAGAUCGCCACCCGCUGAGAGCCCGAGAGUGUUCUCCAAUCCAAGAGCGUUGCUCAGUGUCGACAGCUUUUCGACGCAAAACUCAUCAUCAUCCAUGGAGCAAAGUAAACGACCUUCUGGCGAGCCCGUGAGACCGAUGCUCACAGUACGCAAUUUGCUCUGCUUGAGAGCGCUUUUGAAUCUUGCAAUUGCAUUGGGCCCGACUCUGGGUUCCGCUUUCGUGGUUGUAGUGAAUGCGCUCAAGCAAGCCGAUAUGGUGCUCAGCCGUACAACUCCUCAGCAGAUGAGUCGCAUGAACUCCGCAUCUCAGCACAAGGAAGAUUCCGCGAGCGUGGUCCAGGCUUUCAGUGCAGAAGUUGCCGCGGUCGAAGCUGCGGCAUCACGACUUCUCGAAAGCACUGCCGACUAUCCCAAUGAUGCAUUCAUGAAUGUGGUGGGUACAUUCUGCCGACUCCUCCGCGGAAAGAGCGAGCGGCCCCAGUCGCCGGUAUCCUCGACGCCGGAUUCAGGCCAUUCCACACCCAAAUCACAGGGUGCGACUCGCCGGACAUUUUCGGGUCUUCCGGGACUCAGUACAAUGUUGGAGCUCCAAGCAAGAGACUAUCAAUUCGUGAUACCCAAGCUCGGGAGUCUGAUGCAGCUCAACGUCUCUCGCUUCGUGAGCGAGGACCCUGCCAACAGCGGAUGGGACGCUUUGGUCGACGAACUGACUGCCGUUGCGUGUUCUAAUUCCGCGCCUAGAGAUGCUCGCAAAGCCGCUACGGAUGUAUUGGUCAAACUGGCCGAAGCCACGGUUGCAGAAGUCACGAAAGAGGAGCUGGAAGAUCGGGCUAUAAUACAGCGUCGCGCUUGGGUCAUUCUCUUACGGCUCAUCCAGGAGACAUAUCAAGAAGAUGGCGAUUCAACUUCAACAGAUCUCGAAGUUCAAAGCCAUGCGUUGGAGGCUCUGCGCGCAAUUUUGGAACGCUGUGGCGACACAGUGGUUGCAGGCUGGGACCACAUCAUCGCGAUCAUCAGCACUGCCUUCGAGCAAGAAGGUGGUCUUCCCCGGUCUGCUGGAAACGGAGACAUCCACAUCGACUGGAGGAACGUCUCGUUCGAUCUGGUAUCAAGCCCGAUUGGUCGCAUUGCGUUCGCCGCGACCCAGCUUGUUUGCUCUGACUUCUUGGAUCACCUGCCGAUAGAUGAUAUCCCGGCAUUGAUCGAGCUCCUCCAUCGUUUCAUGUGCCAAGCUGAGAACAUCAACGCUGCGCUAACGACGAUCACGAUCUCAUGGAACGUCGGCGAUUAUCUGUUUGGCAAGUUCACCACCGAAGAGCUUACGGCGUUCAUCGCCGAAGCCGCCGAUUUCGAUGAGCUGGAAGAAGACUUGCAGCCUCUAGUGGAGCGAUCACGACCUGCGCAAUGGCUGCUGUUACUGCUUCGCCUUCGCGACGUCGCCGGACGACCUUUGAAAGAAAUUCGAAACGCUGCAUAUCAGACUGUGUGCAACGUCUUCAAACAGCACGGUGACGAGCUUCCGCCAGCCGCGUGGGAUCUCUUGCUCCGGAACACCAUCUUCUACAUUGCCCGAGCCGACUCAUUUCUGUACCUUCAAGAAGAUGAGAAUACCGGCGGAGACAGCCAAGCAUCGACAAAACCUGAUGUCGACAUGUCCAAGACGAUCAUCGCAGGGAACUUUGGAGUGGUCUCUCAGCAUCUUCGCUUGAUCGAGCAGGUCGCCAAACUUGCCGGCCUCUGGGAAGUCUUCCUUAGUAUGCUGGAACGAUACCUAGAUGUUGAGGAUCAUUCUCUCAACGCGGCAGUCUACUCGGCGCUGGCCAAAGUUCUAGCCUGCAUCGACUCCUCGCAGACAGCUUGGAAAGGUCCAAUUUACAGGACCGUCUCUCUCUGGCUCAAAAGAUUCCCAAAUCCAGGGGAUGACAGUAACCCCAAAACAAGCAACCAGGACGCCUAUCUCGCCUACGCCUCCUCCGGCGAGGAAAUCUACCGCCUCACCCGUGACACCAUGAGCACCUCACAAGCCCGCACGAUGAUCGAUAAUCUCUACCACUGCAUCCGUGGCUCGAACGGCCCUCUCUAUGGUGCCGACACGAAGAACAUGAGUCCGCUGCAGAACAAAGUCAUGCUCUUGCUCAAAAGCAUGCGACUAGAUCAACACGACAUCCCAGCUUGCCUUGUUACCGUCGCCGCGAAGCUCGCUACUCUCCACCACGACACAGCGCCUGACAGCACGGGCACGAACACUCAGCCGACGUUCGUGGCCAUGGCGAGCGAAGCUAUUGACUGGCUGCAGCAGCUGGUCAUACCGCAUAUAGCUGAGGGAGAUCUGCUUGACUCGGGCGCUCUAUUGCAGGCAGUGCAGAGUCUGCGAAGAGUGGUUGAGAGCAAGUAUACUUUCAGACUGCAACAUAAAGGCUUGCCGUUGUGGCGAAGAGCGACGUCAGCCGCGGUCGCUCUGGCAGGACCGGUCAUCGAGCAGGCUGAGAGGUCAAGUACGGACCAGGGUUCGAGAAAUGAGAUCUGGACCGAGUACGUUGGUAUCAUCAGCGGCGUGGUGAGAGCGAACGACUUGCAUUUGGUCGACGCGACGACGACAGUCCACGACGAUCAGAUGUUUGACAUUGAGAGCUUCAACGCUCUGCAAUCUGUACUCAUCCCACGACUGGGAAGCUCUGACCUGCCCACUACAAUAAAGCUGGCAUACACACGCGCACUCUUCGAGGCGUCCUUGAUUCACCAACCUGAACCCGGCGAGGUGCUCGGGACAGACUUGUCACCAUUGAUAGACAUUGGAAAUGUGCGACGAGGCAGAGUCAAGGAAGUUCCAUUUUCGUCGCGAGAGGAACUGGCAUACGUCUGCUGGAACGAGCUCGUGGCUCUCGCUUCUACAUCAGACGCAUCUCCUGAGCGGAAGAACUUGGCCAGAGCUUCGGCACCACUGCUUAUUUUGCGUCUCGCCAUUCCCGUCAGAGCAUAUAUCGCCGACCAGCCUUUGCGAGGGAGGAGACCGCAACCACUUUCGGAGCUGGAAGAGUUGCUGUUCUCCUUCGAGACGAUUCAGAAUCUUGAACUCGAUCCCGAGGCUUUGAAGUCGGACUCAGUAGCUGUUGGUCAAGCCGGGCCGCGAGCACACUUGCACUUCCUGUAUCCGCUGCUCGUGCAAGCCGUCGCUACCGCGGGCGAUAAAUGGUCUGGAUCGGAGGAGGUUCUGGCGCCGUUGCAGAAAGUGUUGUUGAGUGUGAGUGCUGCACCUUGAGGUGGGGUAGUGAGUCCAUAGACCGAAAAAUAUUUCCCACUCUGUCGUCGCCUUCUUCAA